AAAUCCUUGUCUUGACUGCACUCCGUUUCCCCAGCCCCAAAGCCUCAGAUACUGAACGGACGAGGGACUUCGGACAUGGGCUCCUCUGUGCGCCGCUGGGUGGUACAGCGGCCGCCGCUGCCACUUUUAGGACGCCUGCUCUUUUGCUGCAGUCUCUUCUUCUCAGGACUGGCCCAAGAACGCCCGACUACUUGCCGUUGUUUGGGAAAACGAUUGGAUUGCAGCCGCCUCAAACUGAGAGAAGUCCCCGCACUGUUUCCCAGCAGGACGGUGCAGCUUGAUCUAAGCCACAAUAGAUUGUCUUCAAUCAACUCUAGUUCUUUGAGUCAUCUUUAUAAUCUGCGAGAAAUAAAACUGAACAACAAUGAAUUGGAAGCUAUUCCAAAUCUUGGACCUACUUCAGUAAACAUUACUUUCCUUUCUCUGAUAAAUAACAAGAUCACGAACAUUCUGCCUGAAGAACUGAAACUAUUUCAAUCCCUCGAAACUUUAGAUCUCAGUAACAACAAUAUUUCUGUGCUUGAGAUGGGGUCAUUUCCUCCACUGGUGCUCAAAAACCUCCACAUUAGCAACAAUCGGAUAGUUUCACUGGAUCCAGGCAUUUUUGACAACUUGGCUAACACACUUCAAGUCUUAAAGUUGAACAAGAACCGCAUUUCAACCAUUACACAGAAAAUGUUUAAACUUCCCCAUCUCCAACAUCUAGAGAUGAGCCGUAACAGAAUUAAAAAAAUAGACGGACUUACUUUUCAAGGACUGCCUUCUUUGAAAUCAUUAAAAAUACAGAAAAAUGGGCUUGUUUGGCUCAUGGAUGGAGCUUUUUGGGGAUUAAGUAACAUGGAAAUUCUGCAGCUGGAUCAUAACAACCUAACAGAGAUUUCCAAAGGCUGGCUUUAUGGCUUGUUGAUGUUACAGCAGCUUCAUCUUAGCCAAAAUGCAAUCAGCAGGAUCAGACCUGAUGCCUGGGAGUUUUGCCAAAAACUCAGUGAGCUUGAUUUAAAGUAUAAUAAUUUAGCAAAACUAGAAGAUUCAAGCUUUGUUGGUUUAAGCCUACUGGUAAGGCUGGAUAUUGGAAACAACAAAGUCAGCGACAUUGCAGAUUGUGCGUUCCAGGGACUAUCCAGUUUACAAAUUCUAGACCUUAGAAAUAAUGAAAUCUCAUGGACAAUUGAAGAUAUGAAUGGUGCUUUCUCUGGACUUGACAAACUUAGAUGGCUGCUACUCCAAGGGAACAGAAUUAGGUCUAUUACUAAGAAAGCAUUUUCUGGUCUGGAUGCACUUGAACACCUAGAUCUAAGUAAUAAUGCAAUAAUGUCAAUUCAAGAAAACACAUUUUUACAAAUGAAGAAUCUUAAAGAAUUAUAUAUAAACACAUCAAGCCUUUUGUGCGAUUGCCAGCUGAAAUGGCUACCUGAGUGGCUAAUAGACAAUAAAUUCCAGACUUUUGUAAAUGCCACAUGUGCUCAUCCUCAGGCAUUAAAAGGAAGAGAUGUUUUUGCUGUCAGCCUAGAAGGUUUUGUAUGUGAUGAUUUUCCCAAGCCACAGAUAACUGUCCAACCUGAAACUCAGUCAGCAGUCAAAGGCUCCAAUUUAAGUUUUAUUUGUUCAGCAGCCAGUAGCAGUGAUUCCCAGAUGACUUUUGCAUGGAAAAAGGAUAAUGAAUUAAUAGGUGAUGCUGAAAUGGAGAAUUAUGCCCACCUUAGGGCACACGGUGGUGAAGUGAUGGAGUACACCACCAUCCUUAGGCUGCACAAUGUUGAAUUCAGUAAUGAAGGAAAAUACCAGUGUGUUAUAUCCAAUCACUUUGGCUCAUCGUACUCUGUCAAGGCAAAACUUACAGUGAACAUGUUUCCAUUGUUUACCAAGAUGCCCAUGGAUCUUACAAUCCGCACAGGGGCAACAGCACGGCUAGAGUGUGCUGCUGUUGGUCAUCCCAUGCCCCAGAUUGCUUGGCAGAAGGAUGGUGGUACUGACUUCCCUGCAGCACGCAAGAGACGUAUGCAUGUGAUGCCUGAGGAUGAUGUCUUUUUUAUUGUGGAUGUCAAAAUUGAGGAUACAGGUCUUUACAGCUGCACAGCUAAGAAUACUGCAGGAAGUAUUUCUGCAAAUGCGACAUUAACAGUAUUAGAAACACCCUCCUUUUUGAGACCGUUGCUGGAUCGAACUGUGAUGAAAGGUGAAACAGCAGUCUUGCAGUGCAUUGCUGGGGGCAGCCCAUCUCCUUGGUUGAAUUGGACCAAAGAUGAUCGCACCUUAGCAGUGACAGAAAGGCAUUUCUUUGCUGCGGGAAAUCAGUUGCUUAUUAUUGUAGACACAAACUUUGAAGAUGCUGGGAAAUAUACAUGUGAAAUGUCUAACACACUUGGAACCGAGAGAGGCAAUAUUCUCCUAAGUGUGAUUCCUACUCCUACCUGUGAUUCUCCUCAAAAUGCUGCCCUGUCUCUCGAUGAUGAUGGAUGGGCUACUGUGGGAGUAGUGAUCAUAGCUGUGGUGUGCUGUGUGGUUGCCACUUCCCUUGUGUGGGUGGUCAUCAUAUACCACACAAGAAGGAGAAAUGAAGAUUGCAGUGUCACAAACACAGAUGAGACAAACUUACCUGCAGAUAUUCCAAGCUAUCUGUCAUCCCAAGGAACUUUAGCUGAAAAACAAGAUGGAUAUGGGUCAUCAGAGAAUGGAAGCCAGCAUCACUUUGUACAAUCAUCUCCCAUGGGUAGAUAUUUCUUUCAACAGAGAGAAAGCAACGGAUGUUGUCAUACAGAUAGUUGUAGUGAAAAUGACUUGGAAGCUGUAAUGGAUCCAUUCUUUUGCCAUUAUCUGGGAACUUCAGGAAGCCUGCAUUUAAAAGAAAAUUUAUGUAACCCAGAAAUGUUUGAAACAUACCAUACAGGAACAUUUGGAAAACCUAUAUGGAAGCCUCAGAUUGAUUCUUUGCCAAGCUAUAAGCAGUCCUCAGUUUUGCAGCCAAAGGCCUCCCAACAUUAUUCUAAGGAAUCAUUGGAUUUUGACUUGGAGUUUGAAGGGGGUAAUAAAAUGGGUAGGACCUUUCCUGAAGUGGACAAUUGCAACUUUAUUUGUGGGCAAUCAACUGAAAACUAUAGGACUUCUAUUUUUCAAUCUUUUGACUUAGAUACAUAGUUUGCCAUCAGUGCCAGCCCAAAAUCAGCUCAUGAACCAAGAACUAUACUACCUCAAAGUGAACAUUAUUUAAAAAGAAACUUCUUGUACUUUAAAAGAGAUUUAUGAUUUUAUACAGAUGCAGUUUUAUUUGCAAAAUGCAUUAUAUCAGGAAGAUUAUACAUACCUUAUAUUUCUGAUGUGUAUGGUUUUGUUUAACCAAACUGUAUUUUUGUAAAUUAAUGGUGUCAAUAAUAACUAUGCAUUUGUUACUGACA